GACGAUGUAGUCGCGUUGUAAACAAUGUCCGUGGUGUGAAACUCUCGCCAGCAGCCUCCGCCACCAAAAAACCAUCUGAUUUGACCGGCUCAAUCUCAGAGUUAGAUUAGUCGGCAAAUUGUAACCAACCCCGUUCAAAAAAACCGUUGUCGCAAUGUUGUCGUGUGCCGCCGACGUGAACAGCACCGUGCUGGACGUCCUGUAUUACAAGGAGGCGAUGCUGGAACUGGUGCCGCCGUGGAUCUUGGCCAUCGGGUACAUACCCUGGGUCGGGGCCAUGAUCGGCUCCCUUCUGGUCGGACUGAGCGGCGUCCUGCCCCUGCUCGUCAUCCCCAUUGACCAGACCGACGAUCUCAGACAAGGAGCUAGUGCCAACACGUUAAAGACUUUGCUCAGCUUCGCAGUUGGAGGGAUUCUAGGCGACGUUUUCCUCCAUUCCUUACCGGAAAUAUUCGCCAACGAAGUCAUAAAAAAUGAUGGACAUGGCGCAAUAAGCCGCAGCGGUAUCCUGGUGCUAGUCGGACUGAUCGUGUUCGUCGCCAUCGAAAAACUGUUCUCCGUAAUCGAACAAUUCGGCGAACGGGACUUGGACGAGCAAGCCGAGAACAACAACACGAAGGGAAUAACCGAAGAGAACAAGAAGCGACAGAUAACCGGGUACUUGAACCUGGCGUCCAACACGAUCGACAACUUCACCCACGGCCUGUCGUUGGGGGGCGCGUUCGUGGUGUCUACCAGGCUCGGCGUGUUCACCACGUUCGCCAUACUGGUGCACGAAAUACCCCACGAGGUCGGCGACUUCGCCAUUCUCCUCAAGUCCGGCUUCACGCGGUGGAACGCGGCCGUCUUUCAAAUACUGACGGCCGGCGGCGGCUUGAUCGGCGCCAUGUGCGCCAUCGCUUUCAGCGGCGCCGGCAACUCAAUGGAAGCGAGAACAUCCUGGAUCCUGCCAUUCACUGCCGGCACAUUCCUGCACAUCGCUCUCGUGACCGUACUUCCGGAUUUGCUCAAGGAGGAGGACCCGAAAGAAUCGUUUAAACAGAUGCUGGCUUUGAUAGCCGGCAUUGUGAUUAUGGCCGCCGUCGCGACCAUCGAGUGAUUCCGUGGACAAUGAAGAGAUUAUUCGGCCCUCAUUUUGUUUUAUUAUAAUUUUUUUUAAUAUUUUUGUUGCCAUAUUUUUUUUAAUAGGUUAGGAGAUGAGUGAUACUUUUGUAAAUUUUAAGAGCAGUAUUUAUAGAUUAUAGUCCAAUGGGUUAAUUAAUUCGAAAACAUUGUACAUAUUAAAAACUGAAAUAGUGCAACACAGGGUGUUCUCUACUACUUAUUUUCGUAUCAACCAAAAACGAUUAGACAUUUUCGGAAAAUUAAUUGCUGUUAUCAAUAAUUUGAUCAAUCCAGCUUUAUUUGAAAGCCGUACAUUUUGACUUGUUAGUUUUGUCUGACUUGAUUUGAUUAUUUAUUUUGUUUCGUUAUAUAUAUUGUAAAAUAUUUCAUUGAACUUUAAAUUGAUAAAUUCUAAGAACAAAAAUUUUGUGAUACUUAUGACAGUUCAUCCAUUUAUUAUCAUAUAUUGUAUAUUUUAUUAUAUAGUACUUAAAGUGCUCUUUGUAUUUUAUAUCCAAUGUAAAUAAAGUGAUAUAAAGAGUAA